AAACAAACCCCCUUCGUCGCGGAUGGCACAAUUUUCCAUCUCCCUGCUGCGAAAUGCCGCUUUUCGAAAUCCGCUCGGGUUGGUUCGCUGCGUGCGGCAAGUCGCAACUUCGCCGGCCUCGUCCGAGGAGCAGCAGCAGCUCAAACUGAGCGAAAGUUGCGUGAAAAGGUUGAGGGAGAUUUGCGACGAGAAGAGCUUCCUGCGGGUCGUCGUCGAGGGCGGCGGAUGUUCCGGAUUUCAGUACAAAUUUAACAUCGACAACCGGCUGGAGGAGCAGGAGGAUUUGGUGUUCGGGGACGGUGCCGCCCGGGUGGUGAUUGAUAAGGCCUCGAUUGAGUAUGUGGGCGGGUCGACGAUUGAUUUUCACACGGAGUUGAUACGGUCGGGGUUUAGGAUUGUGAACAAUCCCAAGGCGGACACGGGAUGUUCGUGCGGGGCUUCGUUUUCGAUCAAGGUCGAGUGAGGUGGGUUGGUUGUACAUAUUUUAUUGUAGUUGAUGAUUUGUUACCAGCAAUGUAAGGAAGGGUAGAUUUAGGCAGUGAAUAAAAAAUGAAUAAUACAAAAUGA